CUAGAAAAGGUUGUUUUCCCACAGUUGUUUCACUUCCACACUCUCUCUCCCUCACUCUGUCAUUUGUUCAUUGGUGGCUUUCAUCUCAAAGCUGGAAAAACAUAUCACAAGCCAAACAGAGAACAGCAGCAAAACCAACAUUCCAAAUAUCAACACACCUUCCCCUAAUAAGGAGAGUUAAAUCAGCCAAGUACAAUCAAUCCACCACUCUCAACUUCCAUCCCCACCAACUCCACAUCGAUCCUAUCCCUCAUCCUCAUCAAUCAUCUUCUCUCAAUAUUCCAAAAAAUUAAUUUUAUUUUCAAUCUUUCCCUUACAGGAUCUUGAUCAAUAUCUCUUGAUCAGUGAGUAGCUGCAGUUCUCAAACCCAUAUUUAGCUAAAUGCCUGCAUAUUUCUGCUAGCUAUCACACUCUGCUUUCCCUUUUCUGCUUUUCUUCACACAGAAAUAGAAACUCACCUUCCAUAAAUAGUCAACGAAUCAGCUUCUCUUUCACUUUGGUUGCUUUUGCCUUAUCUUUUUUAGAUUAAGGUGAAAUGGCGAGGGAGAAGAUUCAGAUUAAGAAGAUCGACAACGCCACGGCGAGACAAGUCACGUUCUCCAAGCGGCGCAGGGGGCUCUUCAAGAAAGCUGAAGAGCUUUCAGUUCUCUGUGAUGCUGAUGUUGCCCUUGUAGUCUUCUCUUCCACUGGGAAGCUCUUCGAGUACUCCAACUUAAGUAUGAAGGAAAUACUUGAAAGGCAUCAUUUGCACUCAAAGAACCUUGCAAAACUGGAACAACCGUCUCUCGAGUUGCAGUUAGUUGAAAACAGCAACUGCUCCAGAUUGAAUAAGGAAGUUGCUGAGAAGAGUCGUCUAUUAAGGCAGCUAAGAGGAGAGGAUCUUCAAGGUUUAAAUAUUGAAGAAUUACAACAACUGGAGAGGUCCCUGGAAACUGGAUUGGGGCGUGUAAUCGAAAAGAAGGGAGAGAAGAUUAUGAAUGAGAUCAAUGGUCUCCAAAUAAAGGGAAAGCAAUUGAUGGAGGAGAACGAACGGCUAAAGCGUCACGUGGCUGGCAUGAUUAGCACAGGCUUAAUGCAUGGAGAUACUGAGUCAGAAUUGUUAGUUAUGGAAGAAGGUCAUUCUUCAGAGUCUGUUACUAACGUUUGUAACUCCACUACUGGGCCUCCCUUAGAGGAUGAUAGCUCAGACACGUCGCUCAAACUGGGGCUUCCAUACUAAGGCUGAAGGAAAAGUGUGUGGAGUUAAACUUACAGGGCAAGAUGAACAAAUAUUAAUGUGAAUGGUCUUUAGUGGAUUAAUUGGUGGUAUAGUACUUCUAUAUUAGUAAUGACUUUUGGAGGUACGCGAGAUAUGUCAUUGAGAAAUUGAUAAGAUGUAAUUAUUUCCCAACUAAUGUUCUAAUUCGCAUUAUAAUUAACCAGGACAAUGUGGUAUCCUUCCUUUUCAUUUUAUCCAAAAUCAACUGUCUUAUUUUUGCC